AUGAAGACCAUUCUCAGCAACCAGACGGUCAACAUUCCCCAGAACGUUGACAUCACCCUGAAGGGACGCACUGUCAUUGUGAAGGGCCCCCGAGGAACCCCGCGGAGGGACUUCAACCACAUCAAUGUGGAGCUCAGCCUCCUUGAGAAGAAGAAGAAGAGGCUGCAGGUUGACAAAUGGUGGGGAAACAGAAAGGAGCUGGCAACCAUUCGCACUAUCUAUAGUCACGUCCAGAACAUGAUCAAGGGUGUUACAUUGGGCUUCCGCUACAAGAAGAGGUCUGUGUAUCCUCAUUUCCCCAUCAACGUCGUUAUUCAGGAGAAUGGGUCUCUUGUUGAAAUCCAAAAUUUCUUGGGUGAAAAAUACAUCCGGAGGGUUCGAAUGAGACCAGGUGUUGCUUGCUCAGUACCUCAAGCCCAGAAAGACGAGUUGAUCCUUGAAGGCAAUGAUAUUGGACUUGUUUCAAAUUCAGCUGCUUUGAUAUGGCAAGCCACGACAGUUAAAAAUAAGGCUAUAAGAAAAUUCUUGGAUGGUAUCUAUGUCUCUGAGAAGGGUCCAGUUCCGCAGUAUAAGGAUAUUCUAGGAUUAAACAAAGUAAAGAUGAACACUGCCUCUGGCCUCGCUCUGCAGCACAUAGACCUUUUCACCCAGCAAACUCGCAAACUCAUGAUGGUGCCAGUUCCUGUGAUACAAAACAAUGGCAAAAGAUCAGCAUUUAGUGGUGAAGGUCAAGGGUUUGGUUUUACACUUAUUGAGUCUGAGAUGUCUUUGAUGCUUCUCAGAGAUCAUUUAAGGCAGUAA